AGCGGUUGCUGCGCCGACAGCGUUACCACUUUGCGGUAAGACGCUCGGAUGGACAGUGCCCAAUUUCAUGAAGCGGUCUACCAUGUUGUCCGCCAGAUUCCUCCUCAACAUGUAACUUCUUACGGACAUAUUGCCAAACUAGUCGGCAUGCCUAACUAUUCUCGCCAUGUCGGACAGGCGUUAAAAUACGUCUCCCCUGACGUUCAACCCCCUAUGCCCUGGCACCGCGUUUUGGCCUCUUCUGGAACGAUAUCGUCGCGAGGACCGGGUACUGACGGCGCAGAGCGGCAGAGGCAAGCACUUGAGGCUGAAGGUGUCGAGGUCACUGUUGGCCGAACAGGUGAAUUGCGUGUAGAUCUGAGGCGCUGGGGUUGGUUUCCUGCUGUUGGCACCGUGGAUCUUCCUCAGGCCGACGAAGAGCCUGGGAACAUGAACAGCGACAACGACGAAGAAGAACCGAGCAAUUAGUAGGACAGUAUGCCGAAUCCAUCUCCGAUGUCUCGCAUGUUGUGACUUUAGAGUCGCUAGCAAUUACGCAUUGUCAACGAUUGAUAACAUCCUCUAUCUAUUAGUCUCUGGCAUCGCGCGCAUCUUUGCACGUUCUGACGGUGUGCGGACUAUUCCCGACAGGUCGUUUACCAGCGGUUCCCGCAAUCUAUCUCCACCGCCUUCGUAUUGUGUUAUUAUUAAAACGAACUGAUUGUAAGAAGUUACUACGAACUGCUCGCCGAAUUGCGUAGACACAGCCCCGUCGUUCAUCUUCAGAAGG